CCGGCCCUGCUAUUGGUAGGGACGCGACAGGAUUACAGCCAAGACUUCCCUGCAUUUUCUGCCAAAAUCGCUGUCAGAUUUAAGACACAUGCUUCCGCAACCUUCCAUGAGGGUUGCGAGAAAAGUUUGAAUCCAGAAUUGGGUUCCAGCCUUCUGUGGCUGCUGACAUUGGUGGCCACAUCACCUCCUCACAGAGCAACUAGAACCUGGGGCAUAGGGUGGAAGGAUUGUUUUUGUUUUUGUUUUUUUAAUUUGCUGGACGUGAAGUGAAUUUCGAGUGCUUUUUCAUGUCAAGUGCAAGUCAUGUCCACCUCCUGAUUAUUUUUGGAGCAUGAGAGCAUUUAAAUUUUUUUUUUUUUAUCUCUCUCCCCGCAUAAGAUUGAGCAAAAACGUUCCUUGACUAAUUGAAGUCAUUUCAUUGGAUUUUGAUCACAACUGAUUAUUUGUUUUUUUCCAUGUGAAGUCUUGGGGUUUCGAACUUUCCUUCUGGAGAAUGCCUUUUGAAACAGUUUGCUCUCGCUGCCUGAUGCCAACUGCUUGGUAAACCAGUGGAUAUUAAAAUACUCAAAAUGUACAGACAAUGGGCCAUGCUGAAUGUUUUCAUGAUGUCUUAUCUGCAGUUGGUGCAGGGCUCCAGUUAUGAACAUGGACCAGUGAAGCGGACAUCUCGGUCAACAUUAGAACGGUCCGAACAGCAGAUUAGGGCAGCUUCUGGUUUAGAGGAACUGCUGCGAAUCACACACUUCGAGGACUGGAAGCUGUGGAGAUGCCGACUGAAGCUCAAAAGUGUGACCAGCACAGACUCUCGCUCAGCAUCCCAUCGGGCCACCAGGUUUGCGGCAACUUUCUAUGACAUUGAAACCCUAAAAGGUAGGUGUGUGUGUGUGCGCGCGCACAUGCGCGCAUGUAAGUGCGGACGUGUGCAUGCGCGCGCAUGCGUGGAUAAAAUUUGUGAUGGCAAGAUCUGUGACAGCCAUCUACACAAAAAAUAUAAGGCAACCCUUCUCUGUUUCCGUUUAGACCACUCUCAUCUCCAGGAACUGGCUCUCUGCGGGCCGCACAUGAAGUUUGACGAAGAUCGUUGUGAGUGUGUCUGUAAGACGCUGUGUCCCAGAGAUCUCAUCCAGCACCCAGAAAACUGCAGUUGUAUGGAGUGCAGAGAGACCCUGGAGAGCUGCUGCCAGAAGCACAAGAUAUUUCACGCAGAAACCUGCAGCUGUGAGGACAGAUGUCCCUUUCACACCAGAACAUGUGCAAAUGGAAAACCAGCAUGUGCAAAGCAUUGCCGCUUUCUAAAGAAGAAGGCUGCCUGUGGGCUCCACGGUCAAGAAAAUCCUUGACUCAAAUUUGUUCCUAAGUUCCCCAUCCCUGACAUUUUAAACAGCAUGCUGCUUUGCCAAGUUGCUGUCACUUUUUUUUUCCCCAGGUACUAGAAAAAAAUCCGUUUUACCCAUAGUCCCACAGUGACUCCAGAUCACUCUUCCAUUGCACACCAGCUGAGAAUUCCCUGGUUCACUGACAGAUGUCUUCCAACUGAGAUGCCCCUGCACACCGAGAAUGGAGAGGAGGGGACCUGUGUAAACCUUUUUUUUUUUUUGGUGAAUGAAAAGGGUCUGAUCAUCCUAGAAUCAGAGGGGCCAUAUGAUUGAUUACUCCAAGCCCAUGGGGCAAUUUUAUAGUCUCCAAGUCCUUUGCUAAUGCAACUCUCUUGUGAAUCAUUCUGACUCUUUAUUAUGCAGAUUUCGAUUUGUAGGAUCAGCCCUGAUUUUCUGAUUACUGUCCAGCUUGUAGUUUUGAGUUUACUGAACUACUGUCUGUUGUUUCAUAUUUAAGUGUAUUUAAAGAAAAUAAACAUAAUUAUUCAGGCCAUGGAA